AUGCCGAUUGGAAAGUUAGCUAAAUGGCAAAUGCUUUUGAGUGAGUUUGAUAUCGUGUAUGUGACUCAGAAGGCAAUAAAGGCACAAGCUUUAGCUGGCCAUCUUGCAGAAAAUCCCGUGACGAAGAGUUGGAGAUUAUUCUUUGACGGAGUGGCGAAUCACCAAGGUAAAGGUAUUGGAGCAUUCUUAGUGUCACAAUCUGGACAUCACUAUCCUAUGGCAGCUAAGCUACGAUUCAAUUGCACAAACAACAUGGCUGAAUACGAAGCUUGUAUUCUUGGUUUAAAAAUGGCCAUUGAAAUGAAUGUUUACGAGUUACAUGUUAUCGGAGAUUCAGACCUUUUGAUUCAUCAGGUUCCGCAAGAUCGAGUUCAGACAUACUCCAGAAUACAAAAUGAAUUAGCUGAUGCUCUUGCCACCAUAGCUUCAAUGAUCAAUCAUCCGGAUACUUAUUACAUCGACCCGCUGGAUAUAGAUUUGAAGGAACAUCCAGUCCAUUGUUCACAUGUUGAAUCAGAACCAGAUGGUUUGCUUUGGUAUUUUGACAUAAAGAGAUACUUGGAGUCUGGGGCAUACCAUGAAGACGCUACAUCUAAUCAGAAGAAGUCGAUACGUCGUAUGGCUCUCAAUUUAUUUAUGAAUGGAAAAGUCCUGUAUAGGAGGACUCCAGAUUUGGGUCUUUUAAGAUGUGUAGACGCUGCUGAAGUUGUGAGGCUUAUUGAACAGAUACAUGCUGGAGUUUGCGGUUAUCGAAUGACGGUCAGAACAUCAACUGGGGAUACUCCAUACUUGCUAGUAUAUGGCACAGAGGCAGUCGUACCUGUUGAAGUCGAGAUACCGUCAUUAAGAAUCAUCCAAGAAGCCGAGUUAAGCAACGCUGAUUGGGUUAGCAAACGGAUUGAUCAACUAGCUUUGAUUGAUGAAAAGUGA